CCUGCUCCUUCUAUGCGUGUCCCUCUGCCUUUCCCACAGGUGGCGGCGGAAGUGACGGUCAGUGUGGGGGUGCUUGUCGUUGGGGGAAGAUGGCGGCGGUGGCUGUGCUAGGCAGUGGAGAAGGUGAUUCAUGGCAGGGGACGUGGAAGGCUUUAGCUCCUCCAUCCAUGACACCAGCGUCUCUGCUGGGUUCAGAACACUAUAUGAGGAGGGAUUGCUUCUUGACGUCACUCUUGUUAUUGAGGAUCAUCAAUUUCAGGCUCAUAAAGCACUGCUUGCCACCCAAAGUGAUUACUUCCGAAUUAUGUUCACAGCUGAUAUGAGAGAGCGGGAUCAAGACAAAAUCCACUUGAAAGGUCUAACAGCUACAGGCUUCAGCCAUGUUCUCCAGUUUAUGUACUAUGGAACCAUUGAACUGAGCAUGACCACUGUUCAUGAGAUCCUGCAGGCUGCCAUGUAUGUUCAGCUUAUUGAGGUGGUGAAGUUCUGCUGCUCCUUUCUUUUAGCAAAAAUCUGCUUGGAAAAUUGUGCUGAAAUUAUGAGGCUCUUAGAUGACUUUGGUGUAAACAUCGAGGGAGUCAGAGAAAAGCUGGACUCCUUUUUGUUAGAGAAUUUUGUGCCACUCAUGGCCAGACCUGACUUUUUGUCCUAUCUGAGCUUUGAAAAACUCAUGACGUACUUGGAUAAUGAUCAUCUGAGCAGGUUCCCAGAAAUAGAACUCUACGAGGCUGUUCAGGCUUGGUUGCGGCAUGAUAGAAGACGCUGGAGGCAUACCGACACCAUCAUUCAGAACAUCAGGUUUUGUUUGAUGACACCAUCCAGUGUUUUUGAAAAGGUGAAAACAUCGGAAUUUUAUCGUUAUUCCCGGCAGUUGCGGCAUGAGGUGGAACAAGCUAUGAAUUACUUCCAUUGUAUUCACCAGCAGCCUUUGAUGGAAAUGAAAUCAAAUCGCAUUCGUUCUGCCAAACCCCAAACUGCAGUAUUUAGAGGAAUGAUAGGGCACAGCAUGGUAAAUAGUAAAAUCCUCCUUCUGCACAAACCAAGGGUCUGGUGGGAGCUGGAAGGCCCACAAGUACCUUUACGUCCAGACUGCCUUGCCAUUGUUAAUAACUUUGUAUUCUUAUUGGGUGGGGAAGAGCUCGGUCCAGAUGGUGAAUUUCAUGCUUCUUCCAAAGUGUUCAGAUAUGACCCAAGACAAAACUCUUGGUUGAGAAUGGCAGACAUGUCUGUACCACGCUCAGAAUUUGCUGUUGGAGUUAUUGGCAGGUACAUCUAUGCUGUGGCUGGGAGGACAAGGGAUGAGACAUUUUAUUCAACAGAGCGAUAUGAUAUCACAGAAGAUAAAUGGGAAUUUGUGGAUCCCUAUCCAGUCAAUAAAUAUGGACAUGAAGGAACUGUUCUUGGGAACAAGCUGUACAUCACAGGUGGAAUUACUUCCUCUUCCACAUCUAAGCAGGUGUGUGUGUUUGACCCCAGUAAAGAAGGGACUGUGGAACAACGAACAAGGAGGACUCAAGUGGUCACUAACUGUUGGGAAAACAAAUGCAAAAUGAAUUAUGCAAGAUGUUUUCACAAGAUGAUUUGUUAUAAUGGCAAGCUUUAUGUUUUUGGAGGUGUCUGUGUAAUCCUUAGGGCCUCUUUUGAGUCUCAGGGAUGUCCAUCCACAGAGGUUUAUGACCCAGAUGUUGAUCAGUGGACUAUUUUGGCUUCUAUGCCAAUUGGUAGAAGUGGCCAUGGUGUAGCUGUGUUGGAAAAACAGAUAAUGGUUCUUGGAGGUCUGUGUUACAAUGGUCAUUAUAGUGAUUCAAUUCUCACUUUUGAUCCGGAAGAUAAUAAAUGGAAAGAAGAUGAAUAUCCAAGAAUGCCCUGCAAACUAGAUGGUUUACAAGUAUGUAGUCUACAUUUUCCUGAAUAUGUGUUGGAACAUGUUAGGCGCUGCAGCUAAAAGAUCCAGAAAACUAUUUAUAGACUGGUAGGGUGGAAGGGGAGAAGAGUGAAAGCCGAUUUAGGCCCACUGAAGACAUUGAUCUGUGUAAUACACCUUUUAAUUUAAUAAAGAAAAGAAAGAGUAUACAGGG